AGUUUAUAUAAAGGAAGCACUGGGACUUGUGGCCACAUUGUUCAAGAAAAGAAAAUUAGAAAAUGGAACAACCAUCUGUGUUAUCUCAGAAGGAACAAGAGAAAGAACCACAGAAGUGCAUAAAAGAACCCAAACAAGUAGAAGAUGAAGAUGCCGAAUUGAUCUUUGUCGGGGUGGAACAUGUCGAUGAAGAUGCGGAGCUGAUCUUUGUUGGGGUAACUUCAAAUUCAAAACCAGCUGUUUCAACCAUUUUGAACAGAGUCACCCCAGGUUCAUGUUCAAGGAGAAAAAAGAAUGAUCACCUUAGGAAAGAUGCUGCUUACAAGUUGCCGCUUACGAAUCAUGUUACCCCUACAUCAGAAACAGUGACCGUCUUGCCAGCAUCCCAGUCUGAAUUAAGAUCAACACACAGUCCUAUUAUUAUUGAGCCUUUAUCUAAACCCGAUUAUAAAAAUAAUUCACACGUGCCUAAUAGUUCUUCAGAGUUAUGUUCUCCUUUAGUUACAUGCACAAAUUCAUUGCCUCGUCCAGUAAAAGCAGCACUUUCAGUAGGAAAUAAGAAUGAAAGUUCCUGUGUAUCAAAACAGCUUUCCACUUCUGAAGUAAAUAGCAUGAAUGCCAAAAGACCUAAACUCAGUGAUGGAAUCUUAGGGGGAUGUCCUUCAGCUUUGUCCCCUUCAGGUAUCUUUCAUGCAGUGAAUACUGAGCAAAGCACACCCUCAGGUGGUGAUGAUACCUCAUUAAGCCACGUUCAGAGCAGAGCAGCUAUUCCAAAGGACGGUACCUAUCUAAAACCUAUAAAUACAGAUCUUGAUAGGAAAAGUGAAUUGGCACAAACAGACUUGUCAAGUUCAGCAAGUCAAAAUAAGACCUUUGAUCCCACGAAAGGAAAUCUGAUCGUGCUACUUAGUGACUUUUACUAUGGACAGCAUAGAGGAGAUGGGCAACCAGAACAGAAGACUCAUGCGACCUUUAAAUGCCUCAGCUGCUUGAAAGUUCUAAAAAAUGUGAAGUUUAUGAAUCACGUGAAGCACCAUUUGGAACUUGAGAAGCAGAGGGGUGACAGCUGGGAAAACCAUACCAUCUGUCAGCACUGCCACCGGCAGUUUCCCACCCCCUUUCAGCUGCAGUGUCACAUCGACAGUGUGCACACUCCCCAGGAGCCCUCUACUAUCUGCAAAAUCUGUGAAUUGUCAUUUGAAACAGAUCAGGUUCUCUUACAACAUAUGAAGGAUAAUCAUAAGCCCGGAGAAAUGCCCUACGUCUGCCAGGUUUGCAGUUAUAGAUCGUCGGCCUUUGCUGAUGUCGAAACACACUUUAGAACAUGCCAUGAAAACACUAAGAACUUGCUUUGUCCGUUUUGUCUCAGAAUUUUCAAAACUGCAACACCAUACAUGUGUCAUUACAGGGGGCAUUGGGAAAAGAACAUUCAUCAGUGUUCUAAAUGUCGGUUACAGUUUUUAACAUUCAAGGAGAAAAUGGAACACAAGACCCAGUGUCAUCAAAUGUUUAGGAAGCCUAAGCAACUAGAAGGAUUGCCUCCUGAAACAAAAGUUGUUAUUCAAGUGUCACUGGAACCUCUUCAAUCAGAGUCAGUGGAAGUGGCAUCUGUUACUGUGAGCACAUCUGACUCUGAUGUAUCACCCCCUAGGUCUAAAGGUAGAAUUUCAAAAAAUCCCCAUUAAUUCUACUUUCUACUUAUUUAAAAUUUCACUAUUAAGUCUGGUCAGACUGGAAUUGCUUUAUGUGGCCUGGCCCAUUUGCUGCUGAAUUCCCAGAAGUGCCUGUGCUGUGUGUAAAAUAACCUGGUUCUGCAAGCCUGACUGUGGGUUUGAGGGGAGACGCUGUGGCAGGAAUGGGGACUAUGAAGAUUGGAGGUUAGUCAAGAAAGAGCAGUGACUCUUUGUCCUACUUUGAGGGAUAGGCACAUGUUCACACUGGCCUUGGAGCCAAGGCACAAAGAACAGUGCCUCAGUGUCUUCACCUAAUCCAAGGAUGUAUGAGGAGGCAAAACCAUUUGAAGUAAAAUACUUGUGUGGUUUAGGUUCCCUGGAGACAUUAAACAGCCACUGUGUAGUGUUGGCUUCAAGUGAAGAAGCAGUGGUAAUUAAUAGAAUGGGGCCUGGUGCCAGUGGGCUUCUUGAUGAGUGAUCUAAAGUGGAAUUGAAUUCCUUCCCUCCAUUCUGCCUUAUGGUUAACCUUUACUGGAGAAUGAACUGGCCAUAUCCCUCUUACCCACAGCAGUAAAGGAAGUAAGGUUCCCAAGAGAAAGAAGCCUUAAACAUCUACAGUUUAAAGUGUACUGGACUAUGGUUUUAUUUGCAGGCGCCAAACACAGUAUCUGUCUAGUUCAUGGACAGGCCUAAAUUUAGUUCUCCCACUGUUAAGCUGGAAUGGGGGCUUGACCAAGAACAGUAGGUACAGUGGACAAAAAUAGCACAGGGUGACUGACUAAAAUUAAACAGGGUGUUUCCUUAUUUUUUCUGUGCACUGUAUCUUACCCUAAUUGAACAUGCAAAGCUUGCAGUUCAUUUCUUGCCUUGGGCAUGAAUAUAUUACAGUUAGCAGUUAACUCUUGUAUGUAUAAUUUCCCAAAGAUCACAUUAAUACAAUUUGGGUUUUAACUUGACAUGUUACAUUGUGCAAGAAAUGUCCCAUUUAUUUCAACAACUAGGAUGUCUUAGAGUUACUAUCCUUUAUCUAAAUAUAUCCUGCUGUGUAAUCUGUUACUAUACUAUGGGGGAACCUAUUUUCCUUGCUCCCCUUCAAUAACUCAUAGAGUUGUGGAGUAACUCCUAGUAUUGGUUCCUGAACCUUAGCAACCUUGGCUGCUUCUGUGGGUUUUCAAGGUUCUUUUUCUGGGCAUAUUGUAGUGCCGUCAUUCCUUGCUCCUGUACCCCUGUCCCAGAUAACCAGUAUCACCAGUAUUCACCAGUCAAGGAAUCUAGCAUCUCGUCUGUAGGCUUGGGUCUAGAGAAAACACUUUCUUUGCUUUUGUUUUUCUCCAUAAAGGUACCUUACUUUUCACUCCUUUCUUCUCUUCCCAAUCUACUUAAAAUUUUUCUAAGCUUUCACAAAGAGGAAGAGAGGAUCAUCCAUCGCUUGACAUCCCUUUUAGAACUUGGGAAGGAGGGACUACAGACAACAAAGAUGCUAUGAAUAGAUUCUGUCGUAUUUAUUUGCUUAGUGAUUGAUUGGUUUACAUCUUGGCAUAUUUUACUAGACCUGAAUGUUUGCUUGGGCGAAGGCCCUUUGCUAAAACUUUGUCAGCCUGAACUCUUUCUUUAGGUGUGUUGUGUGUGUGUGUGUGUGUGUGUGUGUGUGUGUGUGUGUGUGUUCUAUCCUGGUCUCAGGUGGAAACUCCUGCUAUUUAAAUACAUCUGUAGACUAUUGCAUACUUAGCACUCUUUAUUAUGUUGCUAUGAUAAAAGUAAGAAACGUUUUAGUUGUAUGUUUUUGUGAUUACUUAAUAUAUUGUCUCAACACUAGGGGCCAGCUGGUUGUGUCGUGGAUGAGGCACUGGACUCUCGUAUGGCUGACCACAGUUCGAGUCUCAGUGGCUUGCUUUCUCACUUUCCCUCUUUCUUUGUCACUGGUGAGGGUUUACGUCCUAUAGAAAACUUAAAUAAUAAAAUUCUGAAGUAAUUUUAAAAAUAUUUUCAACACUAGUAUAGUUUCACUAAAGAUGCUCCUUAGUUGUACAAAUUUUUAUUUAUUGUCAACUACAGGUUCUAGUGAUCUGGCCCCUGCCUACCUCCUGCCUUCCAUUCUCUGUGAUGCUUCUCUAUCAUUUCUCCCACUGUUGUACUAUUUGGACACAUGGGCCUUGCUACUCCCCAAACAAAUCACAUUUCUUCCCUAUCCCGAGUCUUUGCACAUGUCAUUCUCUUUCUUAGAAUGUUCUCUAUGCCUGCAUGACUUGCUACCUCAAUUGUUUGACACUUUCUUUGGCUCAUUGAGCUUCACCAAGGUUUUUAGAAUGACACAAUGAAAUGUUUUUGUUUUUUUAAACCUUACCUUCUCUUCCUUAAAGGCACUUUACCUCUCUCCACCCCUUUCUUCCCUCUCCAGUCUAGUUCAGUUUCCCAGCUAGAUUGGAAAUACCAUCAUCAAGGGCUUCGCUUUUCUGUAAGAACUGAGCUAGCUUGAGUCAGUAUUUGUGCCUGCAAUAAAAGAAAAUUAAUAGAGUUAGUUGAGUCCUUUUAACAGCUUUCUCUGCUUUUCUAUUGAUACCUCUAUAUUUUUGUAUGGCAAUGUCACUUUUUCUUGUUUACAAACAUAUUGAAUAUCUGUCCAGAUUACUAUUUUGUUAUUACCUUUUGUGAAUUCCCGUGUCUAUUUUGCUUGCUUGUUCUUCCAGACGAAACUUUAUUAAUGUUGCCAAAAAUUGUACGUAAAAUACCUUGUGUGGAUUUCCUUGCCUAUUUUGCUUGCUUGUUCUUCAGAUGAAACUUUACUUCAUUAAUGUUGCCAAAAAUUGUAAGUAAAAUAGCAGUUGUAGUAAUAAAAUGUUUU